CCAGAUAUACCAGCACAUGUGCACACAUGCCCACCCCGGGCAAUCACCUGAGCUUUCCGGUGCCGGGGCACGCUUGGCCAAGAGGAGCUGGGAUCCCGCAGCGGUUUGGACCCAGCCAGAGCGAGAGAGAUGGCGGACGGUCUCCUGGCUCAGGAGAUGCUGACCUUCGAGGACGUGGCCGUGUCCUUCUCCCCCGAGGAGUGGGAGCUGCUGCAGGACUGGGAGCGGGAGCUGCACUGGGGGGUGAUGAUGGAGAACUACAGGAUGCUCAUAUCCCUGGGAAACGACCUCUACCUUCUUUCCUCCAACGGGAUGUUCUGGAACGGCUCGGAUGAUGAAAGCCCGAGGGAGCCUGCCGACGGAUCGCCCGAGGGUCAGUCUCCUCCAGACGCAAGGCGGCCCGCAGACCGCAAGGAUGGCUUUGGGAGUGAAAAGCAGGCCCCCAUUUUGGAGGCUGCCAGUCCGACGGGGAGCCCCUUCCCCUGUCCCCGGUGCGAGCAGGGCUUCCGUGGGAAGAAGGAGCUGGACCGCCACCAGAGGAGCAUCCACAUGGGGGACAAGCCGCACUCCUGUGCCGCAUGUGGGAAAGCCUUCCGUGACAAGAGCGAUCUCCGUGUCCACGAGCGCAUCCACACUGGGGAGAAGCCCUUCCCGUGCGACGUGUGCGGGAAAUCUUUCCGGGAGAAGAGCAAGCUGAUCGUCCACCAGAGGAUCCACACGGGGGAGAAGCGCUGCGUGUGCCAGGAGUGCGGGAAGAGCUUCAGAGACAAGCAUUACUUGCGGGACCACCAGCGCAUCCACGCUGGAGAGCGGCCCUACCACUGCCCGGAGUGCGGAAGGAGCUUCCGGACGCGGAGCCACUUCACCCUGCACCAGCGGAUCCACACGGGUGUGAAGCCGUACCUCUGCAAUGAGUGCGGGAAGGCCUUUGUGCAGAAAAGCAACUUGGUGAGUCACCAGCGGAUCCACACCGGGGAGAAGCCCUUCCCGUGCGAAGAGUGCGGGAAGGCCUUCCGGGACAGGAAGACCCUUCGGUAUCACCGGAGGAUCCACCUGGGCGAGAAGCCCUUCCCGUGCCAGGGCUGCGGGAAGGCCUUCCGGGACAAGAGCAGCCUGACGGUCCACCAGAACGUCCACUCCGGGGAGAAGCCCUUCACCUGCCUGGACUGCGGGCGCAGCUUCCGGGAAAAAAUGUACCUGAAGGACCACCAGCGGACCCACACCGGGGAGAAGCCCUUCGCCUGCCCCGCCUGCGGGAAGGCCUUCCGGGCCAAGCGGACCCUGACGUACCACGAGCGGAUCCACUCCGGGGAGAAGCCCUUCGCCUGCCUGGACUGCGGGAAGGCCUUCCGGGGGAAGAGCAGCCUCACCGUCCACCGGAGGAUCCACGCAGGGGAGAAGCCCUUCCUGUGCUGGGUCUGCGGGCGGAGCUUCCGGGAGAAGGUCUACCUGCGGGAGCACCAGAAGACCCACCUGGAGGAGAAGCCCCACCCCUGCCGCGACUGCGAGAAGAGCUUCGUGCACAAGAGCCACCUGACCAGGCACCAGAAGUUUCACGGGCCCCCCUCCCCACACUGACUGGGGGGCCUCCACUGCCGGAUGGGGCUUCUCUGGGGCCCUGAGCGGCCAGGCAGGAAAGCCAGGAGGGGACCUGCCCCUCGGGACCUGAGCGCCUUUGGUGCCCUUCAUCCCUCAGUUGUGGUCAGCCUUCCCAGGUGGACCAGACGGGAAACACAACCAGACGAGCAAAUUCUGCUUCAUUGCAAGGCUACAUUGAUAGAAUCUGG